CAACGAAUAUUUUGCAACAUACCUCCUACACAUCUACCAUCCAGAAGAUUAAAUAACGAUGUUUCCAAAAAUAAGAAUACUUCAGACAGCGAUUCAAGUAAUUCUUCCACGGAAAUAGAAGUUAUACAUAUACAUAAGACUGAAGCAGUAAGAAAACACCCUAUUCUAAAGCGUAAA